GUCAUUAUAUAAAGUCAUGUGACAGCCGCGGUCUGUUCUUUUCCUGUCACACAAUUUGUUGAAUCGUUUUGGGCCUACCACUCUCUGCUCAAAAUGGCAGUGUAGCGGCUUGCAGCGGAAAACUCGCAGCGGCAACACCUGCAGUGCAACGGCGUUUUGCACUGGCUCUAUUUAUCAAAAUGGCGUCCCUCGAGGCAACCACCCUCAGCACUGCUGCUUUUGACAGCAUAUCAACCCUUCCUGACUCGUUGUCAGAACUUCUGUUCUUUGAGAGUCUAUCUCUGACCAAGCACCAUGACUCUGAGCUCACAGGUGUACAUGGAAGAAUUGGGGACCCUGUUCUUGGAGUCCUCGAUUCCGAUGGCUGACCCCUUUGGGCCCCUUCUGGACGAAGAUGAAGAGAGAGCUCUGUCUGAGGGGUCUUCAUCGCCCCUCUCCUUCUCUUCAUACUCUGAUUCUUACUCCUCCCCGUUUUCUUCCCCUUCAGCCCUCGAUCCUCUAGGAUGUAAAGGCGGGUAUGAUGUGCCGCUCCCCUGGCUGUCUGCCAGUGAGCAGAUUGAUGCUCACAUUGAGGCAGACAAGAAACAAGGGGAUGCGUUUUCAGGCAUGGAAUGGAUGACUGAGAAGAUCGACCUCAGUGAUUUUGACCUGGACUCGCUUAUCGGGUCCUGCGACUUGGAUGAGCCACCCAGCUCUCCAGAGGAGCUGCUGGCAUCACUGGAGUCCCAAAUGGAUCUUGAGUUCCCAUCAGCAUCCACACCCGUUCCGGAAGAGCUCAACCUGCCUUCUUUCCCUCUAGAUUUACCAGUUGAAGCAGAGAUCCAACCUGAGCCUGUUUCUGUUGAGAUUAAAUCUGAGCCAGUCUCUCCACCUCCUGCUCCUCCAUCUCCUGCAUUUACGCUAGAGUUGGGCAGUGAAGUGGACAUCUCCAUCUCAGACCUGGAGAAAACAGUACCCAAGGCCAGUGCUGAAAAUCAGACCCAGAGUAUCGUGUUUUCCCUCUCUCCUGCCCACAUAGUGGUGGUUCUUACUCCAAAAGAAGAGCUGAGCAUUUUCAGCUCUUCCUCAGACCAAUCCGACAGUGGUGUUGAAUCUGUAUCUGGUUCACCUCCACGUGUACAGAGUCCUGUUCCAUCUCCCAAACCUGCUGGUGUCUCCAGAACCAAACCCUACUCAAAACCUGACCCUGAUGCAGCUAUAGAUGUCUCUGGUAAAGUCAAAUCUGUAUCGGGAACGACCAAAACGCCAGACAAGAAAUUGAAGAAAAUGGAGCAGAAUAAGACGGCAGCUACGCGUUACAGGCAGAAAAAGAGGGUGGAGCAGGACAACUUGAAUGCAGAGUGUACUGAGCUAGAGAGAAAAAACGCAGAGCUGGCAGAAAAGGCAGACUCGAUCAGCCGGGAGAUCCAGUACCUUAAGGAUCUCAUCGAGGAAGUCCGGUCGGCAAAGAACCGAAAAAAGUCUAAGGCCAGCUCUUAAGAUAAUGUGCCCAUACUAUAGGCACAGUUUCAUAAGAAAGGUACAGGAGGAUUUAGUACAAGUAUCUGUGCUAGUGUUUCCCCCACACCCUCACCAUGAGUCCUUUAUGAUCGUGUACUUGCACCAUUAUAGUACUUACUGUAGUUAAAAAUAGAUUAUGCACAAACUCAUUACAUACCUAAAGCCCAGUCACUUCCCAUCUUUCUCAAUUCUUAACAUCGUCCAGUAAGGGGCCUCGUAUCACAGUGGAUAUUUUUGUUACACUGAAAAUUGCUCUUGUUGCAUGUACAUAGCUUCAGCUGCAUUCUUCAGCUUUAUUUAAAACUCUGGUGUUUGGUGAGUGUCAUGGUGUAGUUUGCUAUUGUGCGAUUUCUUGUUUUUUAAUAAAGCUUUUAAACUUUA